UGACGACGCAUGAGAAACGUACAAAAUUGGCGUUAAUACGAUUCCAAUUGAGUUUCACAUCUCCUUGAAAGUAUCUCUGGUUUUAGAAGCUGAUUGGUUGGCCACGUAGCCAGUGCCAAGCCUUUUAAUCGGAAGUUAGCGAGAAGGCUAAUUUCGAAGCUAGGUCUCGAACUCCUGCUAACUACAUAAAAACAUAACGUGGAAUGUGUAUUUUACAAUUUCAGAAAAUAUACUUUUUAAACAUUGAAGGGUGUCGGUGAUGUCAGUGGACAGUGCGAUCACUUGAGGAUAAAGUUAGCGUUUCCCUUUUUCCUCCUGUCCUGGCGUCCACGGUUGCCCCGGCCCUGGCAGCCAUGGCCGACUCUACAGUGGUCAGCAACCAGCAGCGGUCCGGGUCCGGUGAGACUGCUCCUUCCAGAGGACCGUACAUCGCGGUGAUCACAAACAGAAACACCAACCUGGUGAUCCGCGGGUUCAUGCUGUUCUCUAUAGGAGUGUUCCUGGCUCUGGUGCUCAAUCUGCUGCAGGUACAGAGGAACGUCACUCUGUUCCCCCCUGAUGUCAUCAGUAGCAUCUUCUCAUCAGCCUGGUGGGUGCCGCCCUGCUGUGGGACCGCCUCGGGUAGGACGAACACACAAACACACACAGCAAUGAUCGGUCUGUUGUAUCCGUGCAUUGACAGUCGGCUCGGCGAGCCCCACAAGUUCAAGCGGGAGUGGUCCAGUGUGAUGCGCUGUGUGGCGGUGUUCGUAGGCAUCAACCAUGCCAGCGCUAAAGUGGACUUUGCGAACAACGUACAGCUGUCCCUGACACUGGCGGCCCUGUCCAUCGGUCUGUGGUGGACGUUUGACCGGUCUCGCUCCGGUUUUGGCCUGGGGGUGGUCAUCGCCCUGCUGGCCACUCUGUCCACUCAGCUCCUGGUCUAUAACGGAGUCUUUCAGUAUACCUCUCCAGAUUUCCUGUACAUUCGCUCCUGGUUGCCUUGCAUCUUCUUCGCUGGUGUGAUAACCAUGGGGAACAUAGGACGGCAGCUAGCCCUGUAUGAAUGCAAACGAAUGUCAGGAAAGACUCAUCAAGACUGAAAGAACUUCUGGCUAUAUCAAACUUUUGCUCAAAAUAUAACUUUUUUAGCAACAGAAAAGCCAAAAGGAGGAUGUUAAAGGACGUCUGUAUGCAGCGUUGAUGGGGAUUGGUCAACCUUGGCGGAGACGGGGCAGUCAUGCACAGGCAACCAAUUAUGUGCUUCUGUUUUGCUGAGGAGUGCUGUGCUGUAGGACAAGACUGUGUUUUGAUUGGUUGGUUCCUAUGUGCCUAUUCAGGGCCUAGGUGGACGGACAACAGCUAGCUUUAUUAUAAGCAUUCGAUGGCUGGCCUAAUGAGAGGAAUAACAAGAAUUGCUGAUGUCAUGUGUGGUAGGUAGGCCCAAUCUACAACGCAAUCUGUGAUUGCAACUCAACAGGCACCAAUAUUAGUGUUGCUCUGCUGUUGUUCAGGGCACCUCAGCACAAGUGGUGUGACACCUUUGGCUCCAUCGUGCCAAACAGACUUACACACAGGAUUAUCUGAAUUAUUUUCUUUAUUCAUCCAUUCUUUAUAUCCUUGAUAUAUUAGUAGAACCUAUAUAGGCCAUAUAAUAUGUAUAGAUACAUUUAUUCCUUGAUUUUAAAAUGUACAAUUAUAUACACACAUAUAGUACUUUUGUUGGGGGGAGUUACAUGUCGAUAAUGUCUAUUUGCUGGCAGUCAUGAGAAGGGGUGAAGUGUUUAUUGUUGCACUUAUUUAUGACAUCCUAGAGUUAUAUCAAAGCAACCAGCAUACUGGGUCCAGUUGGUAUUUCAACCAGCCUUACCUGCCCCUGCAUUCAAUGUUUAAUUUCAAUUAAAAUAGCUAUUUUGUUAAAAGAAAAAUGCUCAUAGAAGUUUAUGGGCAAAUUUCACUUGUGUUCACUUCCUGAAUUGAAAAUUGAAUUGACCCAAACCCUGAUGAAAUCCAAUCAGAGACCAUGCUUCCCAUUUCAUCGUCCAACCAGCAGGUGCACACAAGUGUCCACAUCAUCAGUGGGUUCUUGGGUCAGAGGUAGUGCUGAUAAGCGAUAAGUGCUUUUUGAGUUCGGUUCGAUUUAUUUAAAAGAAUCUCACGUUUUCGGUUUUCAUUAUUAUUUUUAAACAAUAAAUGCAUUGUGGGUUGAAUUGUGUAACGACACAGAAUAAAACAAUUAAUAAAUGUUC